AUGGCGCAUACUGACGACGAGAGAGAGCUCGAGCGCGCCGUCUCCCAGAACAAUGUCGAGGAGCAGGAUCUGGAAAAGAGAGAUGAGCCGGUACAAUAUCUGGAAGUCCCCAAGGGCACGAGAAGAGAUGGGCGAGGAAAGAGCCAAGACAGUGUGCGAUUGGAAAAGGUCGAGUCGACGGUAACCGAAGCCACUGAAGCCAGCACACCUGCCUAUGUACACCAGACCAAGCCAGAGAAAGUACCAUGGCGUUACAGAAUAAACCCGCUCCGCCGAAAUCCUCCACCUGUACCAGAGGAGAGGACAGUAUGUCGAGAAUACAAUGCGAGCUUCCUCAGUCUUGUAUUGUUCCAAUGGAUGAAUCCUCUCAUGACCACGGGUUACAAGCGGCCCAUCGAGUUGAACGACAUUUGGCUUGUCAACCCUGACAGGAGCGCCAAUACCAUGAGGGAAAAACUGACGGCUUCUUUUGAUCGUCGUGUUGCUCGGGGGGAACGCAACCCUCUGAUGUUUGCCCUCUUCGACACCUUCCGAAGCGAAUUCCUGCUUGGAGCCAUGUGUGCAUUGUUCUCUGCCAUGUUUCAGGUCUUUUCUCCCUUCACCACCCGCUAUCUGAUUCAGUUUGCUACAGAUGCCUGGAUCGCCGACAAGACCGGUGGCAAAUCUCCCAGCAUCGGUCAUGGCAUCGGCUUAGUCAUUGGAAUCACAUUUAUGCAAAUGUGUCAGUCUAUGUCAACCAAUCAUUUCAUCUACCGUGGUAUGAUGGUUGGAGGAGAAUGCAGGGCAGUGCUAAUCAACGCCAUCUUUGAGAAAUCUCUGGUCAUCUCCGGAAGGGCAAAAGCCGGGGGAAAGGCAAUCAAGGCCGAAGGAGUACCUGAGACGACAGUACAGACAGAAGACGAGAAGCACGAAGCUAGAUCGACCCUUGCACGUGUCCUUUCUAAGAGACUUCAUCCCAAAGGAGGCCCGAAAGUUACGCCUGACAAAGGUGCCGGCAUUGCGGGAGACGGUGUUGGUUGGAACAAUGGCAGGAUUGUCAACUUGAUGAGUGUUGAUACUUAUCGUAUUGAUCAAGCCUCCGGCUUGUUCCAUAUCAUGUGGACGUCACCCAUUCAGAUCAUCGUCGUCUUGGUCGUGCUGUGUAUCAACAUUGGAUACAGUGCUCUGGCAGGGUAUGCUUUACUGGUCAUUGUGCUUCCCAUCCUGACCAAGGCAAUCAAGUCCCUCUUAGCGAGGAGGAAAAAGAUCAACAAAAUCACGGAUCAGCGUGUCGGCCUGACGCAGGAAAUUCUAGGUUCCGUGCGGUUUGUCAAAUUCUUCGGGUGGGAGACGAGCUUUCUGGACCGGCUGAAGGAACUCCGCAAGAGAGAAAUCAGAGCUGUGCAGGUCUUGCUGUCAAUCAGAAAUGCAAUCAACGCGGUCGCCAUGUCAAUGCCAGUCUUCGCAGCAAUGCUGGCCUUCAUUACAUAUUCGCUUUCUAACCACGGCCUUGAACCUUCGAGGAUAUUUUCGUCUUUGGCCCUCUUCAACUCCUUACGGAUGCCGCUCAAUCUGCUUCCCCUGGUUCUUGGACAAGUUACCGAUGCCCAGACCGCCCUGCAACGUAUUCAAGAGUUUCUACUGUCUGAAGAACAGCAAGAUGAGAUCAUCUGGGAUGAGGAGAUGGAGCCUGCAGUCGAAGUGCAACAUGCUUCCUUCACUUGGGAACGGACUGCUAAUCAAGAUGUGGAAAGGGCUGGCGCAUUCCAGACGAGGGGCGAGCUCAUGGCUGCCAAAAAAGCUGAAAAGGAACGGAAGAAAGCCCAGAAGAAGGCCGAUAAAGCAGCCAGGAAGAACAAGAAAUCUCCUGGGGCAUCCAACGAAGACAUUGCAAGUGAGACCACCGAGGUUGAACCCUUCAAAUUGCAUGACAUGGACUUCACAGUGGGCCGAAAUGAGCUGAUCGCUGUUAUUGGGACGGUUGGUUCUGGCAAGACGUCCCUUCUGGCUGCGCUGGCGGGAGACAUGCGCAAGACAGAUGGCAAAUUGAAGAUGGCCUCCACACGUGCAUUUUGUCCACAAUAUGCUUGGAUUCAAAAUGCCACUUUGAAGGAGAAUAUCCUCUUCGGUAAGCCGUACAAGUCCAAAUGGUACAGGGAUGUCAUCGAUUCCUGCGCCCUGAGACCCGACCUGGAAAUCCUGCCUGCAGGGGAUCAGACCGAGAUCGGCGAGCGAGGCAUCACUCUCUCAGGUGGGCAGAAGCAAAGAUUGAACAUUGCGCGGGCGAUUUAUUUUGAUGCGGACAUCAUCUUGAUGGAUGAUCCACUGUCUGCUGUGGAUGCCCACGUUGGUCGUCAUAUCAUGGACAAGGCAAUCUGUGGUCUGAUGAAGGACAAAUGCAGGAUCUUGGCGACCCACCAGCUUCAUGUUCUUUCCCGGUGUGACCGGAUCAUCUGGAUGGAAGACGGUCAUAUUCAGGCUAUUGACACCUUUGAGAACUUGAUGACCACAAGUGUCGAUUUCCAAAAAUUGAUGGCCACGACUGCUCAAGAGGACGAAAGUGCGCUGGCAAAAGCCACAGAUGGAGAAGCCGAUAAGCCGAAGCCUGAAAAGAAGUCCAAGAAGGUCAAAACCACGGGUCUGAUGCAGCAAGAGGAGCGCGCUGUCAAAUCCGUCAGCUGGAGCGUCUGGGGAGCUUACAUCCGUGCAUCAGGGUCCCCAAUACUCUGGCCGCUCAUAUUUACCGCCCUUGUCUUAUCCCAAGGAGCCAACAUAGUGACCAGCUUGUGGCUCAGUUGGUGGACGAGUGACAAGUUCGGGUUCUCCGAAGGCACAUACAUCGCUGCAUACGCAUGUCUAGGCUUGUCGCAAGCGCUGCUGAUGUUCACGUUUUCGACUAUUCUUUCCACCAGCGGCACCAAUGCCAGCAGAGUGAUGCUGCAAAGGGCUAUGACCCGAGUGCUACGGGCCCCCAUGUCCUUCUUCGACACAACUCCUCUCGGCCGCAUCACCAACAGAUUUUCCAAGGAUGUAGACUCAAUGGACAACAGUUUGACUGACGCCAUGAGAAUGUACUUCCUCACCUUGGCCAUGAUCACUUCGGUCUUUUCCCUCAUCAUCGCAUACUUUCACUACUUUGCGGUGGCAUUGGGGCCCCUGUUCAUCUUGUUCUUGUUUGCGUCAAGUUAUUACAGAGCAUCAGCACGGGAAAUCAAACGACAUGAAGCUGUUCUCCGAUCCACAGUGUUUGCACGAUUUUCGGAGUCUAUUUCAGGAGUGGCAUCUAUUCGGGCAUACGGGCUGCAAAGUUAUUUCACGACGCGCUUGAGGGACGCCAUUGAUCAGAUGAACUCUGCAUAUUACCUGACAUUUGCAAACCAACGAUGGUUAUCUACCCGACUUGACGCCAUUGGGAAUAUGCUUGUCUUUGUAACUGGCAUCUUGGUGGUCACAGAUCGAUUUAAUGUUAAUCCUAGCAUAGCGGGUUUGGUUUUGUCAUAUGUUUUGGCUAUUGUACAGAUGAUCCAGUUUACCGUUCGGCAAUUGGCGGAAGUUGAAAACAACAUGAACGCAACGGAGCGACUGCACUUCUAUGGCACUCAGUUGGAGGAGGAAGCACCACUGAAAGGUGCGGCAGUUCCCGAUAGCUGGCCUCAAACGGGAGCAAUCACGUUUGACAAAGUGGAAAUGAGGUAUCGACCGGGAUUGCCGCUCGUUCUUCAUGGCUUGGACUUUCAAAUCAAAGGCGGGGAGAGAAUUGGCAUCGUCGGUCGUACCGGAGCUGGCAAGUCGUCGAUCAUGUCGGCCCUUUUCCGAUUGACAGAACUCACAUCGGGACAGAUCAAGAUUGACGGCGUCGACAUUUCGACUGUUGGGCUAUACGAUCUUCGGUCGCGUCUAGCUAUCAUCCCACAAGACCCGACGCUCUUUCGAGGCACCAUCCGGUCAAACCUCGAUCCUUUCAACGAGCAUUCAGAUUUAGAACUCUGGGCAGCACUGCGGAAGGCGGAUCUGGUGGGAGAUGAAAUGGUCGCAGCAGAGAAAGUUGAUCGUCCCGACACUGCACAAACUGCAGCCACAUCCACGUCGAACGUCAACGCACCAGCCGGAACCAGCCGAAUCCAUCUCGACAGUCCCGUGGACGAGGAAGGCUUGAACUACUCUCUGGGCCAGCGGCAAUUGAUGGCGUUGGCCAGGGCUCUGGUCCGCAACUCGCAGAUUAUCGUCUGCGACGAAGCGACCUCGUCGGUGGACUUUGAGACCGACGAGAAGAUUCAGAGGACCAUGCGCACUGGAUUUGCCGGGAAAACGGUAUUGUGCAUUGCUCACAGGCUGAAGACUAUCAUCAACUACGACCGCAUCUGCGUGAUGGAUCAAGGCAGGAUUGCGGAACUGGAUACUCCCAUCAAUCUGUUUGAGGCAGGUGGCAUCUUCCGGGGUAUGUGCGACAAGAGCCAUAUUGUGCGCGAGGAUUUCUUCAGAGAGUCAUAG